AUGCAAUACCUGAAGAUGGAGUCUACAAAAGCGAAGAAGUUGACGAUAAUCGACGAGUUAGAACGUCGACGGAAAAUCAGUGUGUUACAAGUUGGGUAUUGGAGGCUGGCAAGAACUUUGCAGACACUUGGAUUUGGUCAAAUUUUGAUGCUGUUCGGAACGGUUGAUUUGUUUGAAGACGAGAAUGAAUGGAAGAAUACGUUUUUGAAGAAGGAUAUUUAG